AUGCUUCGGGAGCAGCUUCGCUCGCCGAAACUCCAAAGUCACCACAGAAAGAAUACUGACCGGCCUUCAGCUACAAUUGUGGUUAUUAGCGACAGCAGUGAGAGCAGCGACGGUAGUGACUUGGACGACGAGGAGUGGCCUAUCAAGUGUAUCCUCCGUGAAACAGACACCGAGUAUCUCAUUGAUUGGGAGGGUCCAUACGAUCCGACUUGGGAACCCAAAGAGAACGCAAGUGAGCUUGCUAUACGGGUCUGGAACAAGCAAAAAGCUCGGCGAUCAAGUGCGCUAGAUCGGAAGUCGAUAAGUGGGAGGAUUACGCAAUCGCCCAGCAUCGUCGAAGUCUCUUCCUCAUCAUCAGAAGAAAAUACAGGACAAGGGGACAGCUACCGUACUACCUUUGACGAGACUGAGGACACUGAUUCUGAUAAUCAUUCAAGAGCUUCCUCGUCGCUCUUUGUGCAACAAGACAACAUCUCAGAGAUAGUAGACUCUCUUCAAUCUCAGUACAUUGAAGUCUCGAGCUGCUUUUACGGGACCGCCUCUCUAUCUCAACCUCCAUCUACAAACCCUCGCCUGCAAGCCGACGAAUACAUCCCUGAGUCACCUAGUCCACCUGAAUACCUGCAACGAGGUGAGUGGGACGACAUCAACACGCAGCAGCCUGGUCCGGUUUGUGAUCUAAAGGCCGAUUUGAUUAAUAGAUGCUCAUCGCAUCGACAGUACUCUGCGGAAAUCAACAACGUUUCUGAAUUAUUAUCACACCCGAACACGCCGGGUGUUGGACUGAGCUCCAACGUCUCCGAAAUAGCCGAGACGCCUGUUCAGCCAUCAAGUUCAGGAACUGACUUCUCGUGCCCCAGCUCCUAUCCUUUUUAUAAUACCCCAUCUCACAACAAUUUGACUUUUUGCUUGUGUGGCCCCAUCCUCAGAGACUGCGUGUUCGUCCGGUCAACUUAUCUGAGCUCAAUUCCGGAAACAGUCUGUCAAAACCUGUCACAGCACCCAGAAGAGCUCAGUGCUGAAGGUUUCACUCGACCAAUGCCAUCAUUUUCUAAUCUCGUACAAGAAGAACCAUUUGGCGAAAUCAUGGAAAACAAAGAGCCCAAGCCAUCGGAUCCUUCUCUCUCCGCUGCCACUUUGGACCGAUACGGACAAUUGCCAGGGUCCACUCCCACAGAAAUGAUACGGAACGCCUGGGCCAAACUCGGCGAAGCGAAUCAAUCAGAGCUAUCGCAACCAGCUAACGCUGUCCAAACUCCGUCUUCCGUGGGGGAUAUUGAGGCUUCGAUGCCUGUGUCUAUCCCCGAAACAACUGCUCUGCUUAGUGUCAGACCUGACACAGAGUCUUUUUCCAAUUCCCAUGCUGCAGUCCACCAUGGUCAUUCUGAACAUUUACUACCACCCUCGGAACUAGCGCACGAAGCUCAUAUGAGCCAACCUUCACUUCAAACUAUUCAUCCCAGUGCGUUGACCGUCACCGACAUGGAUGAGGUGGUUGCGCCCGGUUCUGUCCACCUUGGGCCAUCUGAAUUUGCUGUCCCUCUUCCGAUGAAUGCACGUGUGAAGGAUCACUACGAGCGAGUACUAUCAGAUGCAGCUACAUGCAUGCGCAAAUUUUUUGAUAGCUUUCAGUCGAAUACUCAAGUUUCGGAGCCUGAGCGAGAGAUUCUGCAUUUACAUAUGCGGGAGGUCAUCGCCCGGCUGAGCAAUGUUGCAACCUAUCCAGACUUGAAUUUCGCUAAUCAUUUGAAAAAUACCGACCCUGACUUUGCGGAAGAGGCAUCCUGGGCGGAAAUGUCCAGUGCAAAGUUUUUCCUACUUGGUCAUUUCAUGAAGAUUGUAGGUACGCACGAGCUCCAUCUGAUUCUCGCUGUUCAAGACGAGAAGAAACAGGGAGUUCUCGAGCGUUAUCUCCAAGGGAAGGGUUUUACAUACACCCGACCCCGUGCAGAGAUGGGCAGCACCUUGGAGGUUUCCCUAGCCAAGGGGUCACUCAGCUUUGGAAUUCAUUCGAGUGAGACCGCCCGUGAACUCUACAAGCCGCCGUCUGCUAUUUUUGCGCUGGAUUCGUAUUUCAAACCCAAAAGCCCGUUCAUGCAGCAUCUCCGAACGACUUAUGCCCGAAACGGGAGCUUGCUCCCCGUCAUUUGGUUUCUUGUCGCCAACACAAGUGAACAUAUUGAGCGUUGUUUGCCCGAGUCGCCGGAUCCUGAUCGAUUGCGUUUACUUGUGCACUACAUUGCCCGUUUCCAUGACGAGGCCGGUGAACUCCAGGAUGAUGCUCUCGGCGCGUCUGAAGAUGCCGAAGAGAUUCUUGGAUAUCUCUUGGAUAGUGUUGCUGGUUGGCCAUUGCCUACCAUUAAACCUUUGAACCUUGUAUCCCUGGAGGAGUUAGAGUGCGACAGCUCUUCAUCUGACGAGGCGAUACCGCCGGCCCAUAAACGCACACUGGAUGAGGAACCCGAUGAACACUCGUCGAAGCGCGCACGGAUUGGUACCCAAGAGGACAGCCAGUUGACCGAGUCAACUAAGCCUCCCACUCAAACAUUGGACCGUGAUUUGAUCUCACUGGAGAAGAAUAUUAUCCAGAUGAAACACAUUCAUGCAAGUGAAAAAGCCCAGCUGCAGGCUGAGCUUGCUCGGGCAAAUUCUCGAUUCCGAGAAAUGGAGAGAGCUCUGGGUGUUCUACAACACCGUUACGAGAGUCGGACGAAGGAACUCCAUGUAACUCGCCAAGAGCGUGAUCGUGUGGUUGAGCACAAGCCGUCUCUAGAACAGCGCGUCGAGAAACAAAAAGAGACUAUCUCUAGUUUGAAACAAGAACGGGCAGAGCUGAAGCGCGAGCUCGACGAAGCUAGACAAGCACUCAAAAAUGGCGGUGGCAGUACUGCUGAACUGGAGAUGGCACGGGAGGAAAUCCGUCGUCUGACCAAAGAAAAUUCGAACCUUGAGCGCAAAGCUGAGUUUGAGAAAAACCAAUCCGAGUACACCCGAGAGCAAUAUCAAACUGCGUCUACCGCGGCCGCUCAGUCCGGCACAGAAAACCGCCAUUUGGCCACCGAGAACGAGAGACUAAAGCGCAAGGCCGAAAGCAAUGCCGUGCAACUUCGUGAGUUGCACAUGAAGGAUGAGUCGGUUCGCCAUCUAGCUCGGAUUGAAGAGCUAGAAUUAACUCUGGCUUCGCGUGACGAAUUCCUACGCAGGAAGGAAGAAGAGCUUCGUGAAAUCCGGAAGAAUCGUCCAUCAACUCGCUCGACUAGCACUCAACCACGAAGCCCCAAGUGGGCGGGCAGCCGUCCGACUAGCCCCGGGGUUGGUCAUAAUGGUAACGGUAAUGGCGGUCAUGGGGGCAGGGGUAGUGCGCUACGAUACAGCUCAGAGGUGCCUUUCUGA